AAAAUUCCAUAAAAAUCGUUCAGGAAUUAUUCCUAAAGUAUAUAAUAUAAUGUAUUCGAUCGUAUCGAAUGUAUCCAUUUUUACGAUUACAAUAUAUAGGAACAAUAUAUUUGUAUUUUCCUGGAAUAUCCAAUGUCAUGUAAUAUUACAAAUUGCUAUAGACAGAAAUAGAGACAGACAGAUAGAAUGAGUGAGUGAAAAAAAGAGAGAGAGAAUGAGAACGAGAGAGAGAGAGAGAGAGAGAGAAAGAAAGAUAGAUUGUAAUUCAAAUAUGGUGGGCGUGAAAAUCGUGGCUUCGAUCGUAGCUCUUUCACUGAUAAGAUAAUAUCUUUGACGUAGUUCGGUCAACCAUAAAAAUAUAUUCCUAGACUUGAUCUUUUAGUGACGGAAGAAAGAAUAGACCGUGAAAAGUUCGCGUCGAUGUUUCUUAAGCGCUUUGCUACUUCCUCAUCGACAUAGAAUAUAUUCUCGUUGUUCAUACCAAGUACUUACUUAGCUUUAUACUCGUGCUUUAGCUACAUGCGUAUAUACAUACGUACAUACAUACAUGUGUAUCUAUAUUAUGUAUCUAUAUAUUUCAAAGUGCCUCGAAGAAAAGAUUUCAAAGGUUGCGAUUAUUUCAAACGAAAUUAACGUGUACUCGCUGUUGAAAUUUCAUUUCGUUAGAAUUGACAUUACGUUAUACGUAAUUAAUUAGUGCAUGUUAUAAUUUCGUUCUUUUUCAAUUUAUAUCGCAGAUUUUACGGGGAUAAGAAACGCGUUUACUAUAAAAUACAUUAGGCUAAUCUCGAGCUAAUCUCUCUCUUUCUUUCUCUUUAUAGAAUCACAUUUUUUAAUUUUAUUUCGCACGAAUGUAUAUUAUAAAAAAAAAAAAAAAAAAAGAACAAAAAAAAAACGGUUUAAUAUAUGUGUUGAAACUAAAAUGCCAGAAAAUAAAGCAAAAGAAAGAAAUUAAAAAACAAAAAAAGAUAAUAAAAAUAAAUAAAAAAAUACGUAUGAAAUUUGAUUAAUUUAAAUAGACUUGUUCUUUUGACAUUUCGAGGAAUCUUAAUAAUGUUGCGUUUAAGAUCAUCGAAAAUAUAAAUGCAAUUCUGACGACGAAAUAUGCAAAUGUUAUUGAUCAUCCGUUUCGUUUUAUUUAAAAAAAAAAAAGAAAAAAAGAGAGAGAGAGAAAAGAACGAUAACGCCAAAAUGCAACGAAUCGUUACGAUGAAAUCUCGGUCAUGGUUAUAAAAAAUAUUUAGAGGAUUAUAAACACACACGUUACCCCUAAUCUUUCGAAAUAACGAUAAGAUAGUAUGUUAUUGAGGCGUUUCACGAUGGACAUCAGUAAUUCCGGAACUUUCGAAACGUUCAAACACUUUUUUUUUUUUUCUUUUAUCUACCGACGAGUAACGCUAAAACUUUCAUUGUCAGAUAAAACGUGAUGAGUAACCUCGAUUGUUUCAAAUGAAAACAACGCUAAACCUCGCUUUUCCCCUUUUCUUUUUGAAUUUAUUCUUUGUGAAAGAAUUUGCAUUCUCGAACAAAUAUUUAAUUUUAUUACGAGAUUACGCUGUUGCGAGAACGAAAACAACGAUGCUCGGCCGAAUGUCGUCGUGUUACAAGGAAUCAAAGGAGUCAAGGAGAAGGUAGAAGAAAAGGAAUUUCAUUCUCACGAGUAGGAGACUGACGGCAUGGGUCUGCCGCGUUUAUCGUUGAAGAGAUGCUUCCUUUAUGUAUUUUGUUUGACGGGGAUGUUGCUGGUACUUAUGAAUGUACGUCAAAAAGAGAUCUGGCAUGCGAUGCGAUCGGAUCCGGUUCAAGUGCAAUCUCUUCGUGGUCUUGGAGACACGACCAAGUCGCAGAUGAAACAGUAUUGGCCUUUGAAAUCGAAGAAGCCGACGAUACGGAUAAUGCAUACGAUUCGAGAGAUGAUCAAGAGAAAAGACGUAACCGAGAUGAAUUCGACUGGGACGACCAUCUUGUCGGAAAAUUCGAUAGAUUCUUUGGCUCCAUCGAGAAGGCCUUGGUACAUGAAAGGUGGAACGAGAAGACCAUAUCCAGCUACCAAAUCUCGUCGUACUGGUCGAAGAUUGGCACGUUUGUGGCCCGAAGAGGAUACUUACGAUGAUCGUGUGACUAAUCAAUUGAUGUUCGUACCACCUGAUUACAAUCGAACGGACGAGCAUAGAUUAAAAAAAAUAAUGGUACCCCAUGGUAUGGGGGAGGCCAAAGUCGGUUCGGAUAUUUUCGUCCAACAUCGUUGUCCCGUGAACACAUGUACCAUCGUUCGUGAUAAUCCAGACGAGGCAGAUUUAAUAUUAUUCAAGGAUUACGUAACACAUGUAGGACGAAGACCUCGUAAUCAGGUUUGGAUGCUGUAUUUUUUAGAAUGUCCUUAUCACACGCAAAGCGUAAAAAAUGCUCUUAUCAAUUGGACCGCGACUUAUCGUCGUGACAGCGACAUAGUUGCGCCCUACGAAAGAUGGCAAUAUUACGAUUCUAGCGUCAAACAAAUCUCUCAGACUUUUAAUUAUGCCGCUAAUAAAACGAAAAAAGUCGCCUGGUUCGUUUCAAACUGUCAUCCACGAAAUCAACGAAUGCACUAUGCCAAGGAACUGUCCAAAUACAUUCAAGUAGACAUUUAUGGUGCCUGCGGUACACUGCGUUGUCCUCGGUCACAAUCGCAAACUUGUUUCGAUAUGUUAGACGAGGAUUACAAGUUUUAUCUCGCUUUUGAGAAUUCCAACUGCAAGGACUAUAUAACGGAAAAGUUCUUCGUGAACGGGCUCGGGCACAACGUAUUGCCGAUCGUGAUGGGUGCACAUCCAAACGAUUAUGCAAAAAGUGCACCGUACCGAUCUUACAUCCACGUCGACGAAUUCGAAUCGCCGAAAGAAUUGGCAACUUAUCUUCAUCGUUUGGAUCACGACGACGAACUUUACAACUCGUAUUUCCGAUGGAAAGGCACAGGGGAAUUUAUAAACACGUACUUUUGGUGUCGUGUAUGUGCAAUGUUGCACGACGAUCGUCCAGCGAAAUUUUACAAGGACGUGAACGAUUGGUGGAGGGGCGAAGGUGUAUGCACAACCAGUUCUUGGCGCGAACACGAAAGCUCCAAAAAAGUACGACUAAGAAACACCUGAGAACGUUUUUUAAAAUCUUGAAAGAAAGAAAAAAAUAAAAGAAAAGGAAAGAAAAAACGAAAGAUGAAAAAAGAAAAGAUCAAAACUUCCUAUCGAAAAUUUUUCUAUAAAAACGAGAAGAUGUGUCCCCCCCCCUAUCCAAUCGUUGACAUAUGCGAAUGAUCGAUCGAUCGUAUCGAAUCGAUCAUUUUAAGAAAUUUUAUUAAACGAAUAAAUUUUCUCUAAAGGAAUCGGACGAUAUUUCACGUAUUAUGGAUAAAAACUCCACGAGUUUUUAUAAAUUCGUCCAAGAUCCCAAUAAUGUUAUUUUAUAUUAAUAAUGUUAUUUUAUCUGAUAAACAUAUCUAUGCCAUGGAUAUUAACGAUUACAAGCCGUUUUUCAUCGUCGUCGUCGUCGUCGUCGUCGUCCUUGUUAUUUUUAUUAUAUAACUCGAUCUCUCUGUUUCUUACUUACUCAAAGUUCUACGUAAUUUUUGGAAGAUGAUUUUAAAAGGGACGGGAAUAAAUCGUAUCGUUAUGAAAAUACCGUCUGAAAUUGGAAUUGUUAACAUUGACUGGUUGAUCUAGCCUUUAAAGUCGAUCAUCAUUCAAUCAAAGCUAAUCGAUCGAAUCGAUUUCGAUCAUCGGAGGUUGGAUCGUGUCGUCGAAAGAUUAAUUACAAAUAACCAACUCUAAUCGUAACUCUUUUUGACAUUGUUUUAUUUCUUACGUUGAUUCGUUUUCAUCCGUUUUUACACGAUCCUAGCUCGAUCGAAUCAUUACGAUGUUUAAAUGAUUCGUUUAAGAUUUUUUGAUACGAUAUAUCUCUCGUGAUCUUGGUAUUAAGAUUUAAUCCGAUAAAAAUAUGUAAGAAUACGUCCGUUUCAAGAAAUCUAGAAUUCAAGAUAUAUAAGAUUUACCAGAUUGAUAUGGUGUAUCUAGAAAGGAAACAAACUGAGAUAAUUUAUUAUAUAAGUGUGUACAUAUAUAUAUAUAUAUAUAUAUAUAUACACACACACAAUAUGAUUUGAAUUACGUUAACUAGAUUACAACAAUUUAGUCCAACGAACUUGAGAAAAAAAAGGAAAGAAAAAAGAAAAAAAAAAGAAAGAAAAAGAGGAAAAGCAAAAAAAAAAAAUAAAGAAAUCUAACUUAACGGAAAAAUUUCUAUACCGUCGGGUUUACUUUGAUAAGCGAUAAGGGGUAUCGUCGCUUUUCUUCUAGGUUCCUACGAUGUUAAUCAUAUAUACUGUGCGCACAAGCAGCUUAGGUAUUAGAACAAAUGACGCCGAAUACGUGACUAAAAUAGAUGUACCAAAGUGAUCUACCAAAUAUUGAAAAAAGCAGCACGACAAAUUCUAGUAUCUUUGUCUUGGUAAAAAAGAAAAAAAAAUGAAAAGAACCAAAAAAAAAAUGAACAAAACCAAAAGAAAAAAAAAACAAAAAAAAACCAUAGCCUCAUUUUACAAAAAUAAUAAUGAAGAGUAACGCCGACGAUAGUGCUUGCAUUUUAGUACUCAAUGAUAUUUUAAUAGUAACAUUUCUUUGUUAUCGUUAUUUAGUAUUCCAUUUUUAUUGUAUUUUUAUUCUCGUUGAUUCGUCUUUCUAACAACUUUAAAAAUACUGUCUCUGUUAAUUUAAUUGUUAUUCAACGAUUAUAUACUAUCGUAUCUUCAUACAAAUAUGUAACAUCGAAAAAUCCCAUCGAGUUUUGUUAAGUAGUAGUAAUCGAUAGUCCAUCGAUAGUAAUAAUAGAAAUAGUAGUAGACGGUACAUAGUAGCCUUUAUGAAAAAAAGAAUUUCUUUUAUUGAUCGUUUAUUUUUCAGAGAAUCAUUUUUUUAUUUUAUCCUUUUUCCUCUCGUAAAAUUGGUGCUGCUUUAUAAUUGGUGCUGAUAUGUACGGCGUAUGUAUGUAUGUAUGUAUCUGUGUGCGCGCGCGCGCGUGUGUAUGUGUGUAUGUAUGCGUGCGUGUGUAAGAGAGUGUAAGAGUAUGUAUGCAUGUAUGUGUGUAUGUAUGCGCGUGUGUGUGAGAGUGUAUGUAUGUAUGUAUGUAUGUAUGUAUGUAUGUAUGCAUGUAUGCAUGUAUGUAUGUAUGUAUGCAUGUAUGUAUGUAUGUAUGUAUGUAUGCAUGUAUGUAUGUAUGUAUGUAUGUAUGUAUGUAUGUAUGUAUGUACGUAUGUACGUAUGUAUGGUUGUAUGUAUGUAUGUAUGUAUGUAUGGUUGUAUGUAUGUAUGUAUGUACGUAUGUAUGGUUGUAUGUAUGUAUGUAUGUACGUAUGUAUGUAUGGUUGUAUGUACGUAUGUAUGCAUGUAUGUUUAUGGAAAAGAUACAAGCGAUGCGUAAGAAGAGGAAUGAAAAGAGGGGAAAAAAAAAUAAUAAAAAUAAAAAAGGAAACGAGAAAAAUAAGAACAAAAUUGAAAUUCAUAGAGCGUAUACAUUUUUGCGAUUAUUUAGUGUAAUAAAUAACGCGAUGUUACUAUUUAAUAGGAUAAUUAUUUAUCAGAGUGAUCAAUCGCUGUGAGAGAGUAUUAGAUAGGAUGAUUAUUUGUAUAUACAUAUUUAAUAAUAGCUCGUACAUACGCGGCUGUCAUUUUAAUUGUUGUAUGUGAGAAGUAAAACACAACAAAAAAAGAAAAAAGACGGAAAGAAAAUUAAAAAAAAAGAAAAAAAAAGAAUAAAGAAAAAACAAAAGCAAAAAACGGAUGAACAUCUAUAAUAAUAAUUAUAGGAUUAAUAAUUGUAUCUAACGUAGAAAUACGUUGUCGUAUUGUAAGUAAAUAUGUGGAAUUUAUCGUACGACGAACAUCGAUCGAUAUUAUCAUCUCUUCUCGUUCGUUUUCGUAUUUACACGCGUCGAAAUCGAAUUGAUAAUUACAUAAUUUCUUAGACUUUUCAAAGACAUGCUAUUUAUCUCUGUCAGUAUUCUUCUUCUUCUUCUUCUUCUUCUUCUUCUUCUUCUUCUUCUUCUUCUCUUACAUUCGGCAAAAAAUUUAUUUCGUGAGGCAUUUAAGUAGAUAAAUAAAUAGAUCGAUUUUCUUAUCGCUAUCGUAUAUGCAGCUUACGUUCGUAAAAGAAUUUUUAUUUUCUUCUUCUUUUUAAUUCAUUAAAAGAACGUAGGUACGAUGCGCUCCUAAAUAAAAAAUAUAUAAAAAAAAAACAACAAAAAAUAAUAAAAAUAAAAUAAAAAAAAAAAAAAAAAAAGAAAAAACGGAAAAAAGAAAAAAGUACGUCAAAGUUUAAUUUUAUUUUUCUUCGGUAAGUUCUCACUCGACUUUAACAAUUUUAUUCGAGUCUGGUUACUCGAAUCUUGCACGAGAGAUGCUUUGGAGUUAAAAUUGUUUAUUCAAUCAAAUCGAUCGAUUAUGAUCUUUAUAUGAUUAUAAAUCCAAAGCAGUUAAUGUUAUAGAUAGUAUUGGAGUAUAAACCGAUAUAUAUAUAUAUGUAUGUAUGUAUGUAUGUAUAAUGUAUGUAUGUCUGUGUGUGUAUGUACGUACGUAUGUAUGUAUGUAACAUUCGUAUCAAAUUUAGACUCUACUCUCAAAUCGAACCGACCGUAUUUUCUAUCGGAUCUUUUACAUUGAUUGCAUUAGUUUCGAGAUCGUUCUCGUUUGUAAAUAUCGUCCAACGAUCGAUACGAUUUGUACGAUUCUUCAUAACUUGAAAAACCAAUUCACAUUUUUAUCUUGAUAUUAACGAAUUUAAAAAUACCUCGUACUCGAUCUAUCUAAUGGGCAAUCGAAAUUUAUCAGAAAUUACGAUCGGUUUUGUUAACGAAAGAGACUGUGUUCCACGCAUUUCAAUCAAAAGAAAGAAAAAAAGAAACGAAAAGAUAAAUUGUUGGAUCGCAUCUAGAUCAUUCUUGGUGCGAACGAAUGAAAAUUCGAAAGAGAGAGUCAUCGUAUAAAUAUUCUGUGAAUAUUAGAAAAACGUAUAUGUAUUUAAUCGUAAUUAAAAUUAAUUGUAUUAAUCGCGAAAUCAAUAUAUAACGUUUUACGUUAGUUUUUAAAAGACGAAUAGACUGUAACAGCCUUGGCAGCCUUUGUCCUUUUGUCUAUGUACAUCUAGCUAAUCGCUCAUAAUCUCUGCGUUUGAACUAAAGAAAAGUGAAGUUUUUUCUAAAAUUGCAAUUUCCUUUUCUUUCGCGUACAUUCAUUUUCUUGUAUCCAUUUGUAUUAUUAAUAUAACUUUGUUGUGCGCGAAUCCUGUCUCUGGGAAUAAAAAAGGAUAUUGUUCUUAA